AUGCGGUUGCUUCUUAAGAACGCUCAUGGUUCUUGGACAGACGGGAAGUUCCUCCAAAAGAUAGAACAAAAGCUGGGCAAGUGUUAUGCGGUUCUGAUAAGUAUACUGCGUGAUAUUGAGGGUAGCAUGAUUUGGAUCGCCUCAAGCCUUGAUAUAGCCGGCCAAGAUGAGCUGGCACGCAAGGGCUUGGGGGCCAUCAUACAGCAGCACGAUCCCAUCGCCCAACCCAUACUUCCACGAAGGACUCUCAGACUACAAAAGCGAGCGAAGUUUACGUGGAGCCGCCAUAAAGUCAAAGCUGAGAUGAAAAAGCUGGAAGAUUGUAAUGCAAGAUUGAAUAGAAUCUUGACAGCUUCUAAUCAGCUAACCGAAUCGACACCGACCACCGACAGAAUGACCGUUAGCUUCGUUGGACCCCUAGAAGAAAUUUCUAGAAAUGCUUCCAGAGUCCAUAAUGCCCUGUCCAGCAAUUGGUGCGCCCUCGGUAACUGCAAUCAUCAGGCUGCCAUAAUGCUAGAGGAGAGACUGUCUCGAAACUCCACCAGCCACAGAUCUGGUGCAACUCGUCCAUAUGGAAAUGUUAGACAGUUUAGUACCUUACUUUCGACAGAUACUAUCGCUACAUGGCUGCAUGCUGAGUUCCGUCUGGAAACUGACGAUCCACCGGAACCAACCACCAACAAAGACGGGAACCGCCGCGUGCGUUUCCAGUCCUCCAACAUCCUCGAUAACCACACUCAAGGUCAUAAAGUCACUGAUAUAUGUAAUUCUAUUCGGAGCGCUUCUCAUCCAGACCUGAGGUUUUCUAUUGAUCAUCGGAAUGUCUUGCGUCGACUUGAUCCAUCAGAGAGCUCCUGUAGUCACAACAUGCGGACAGGGCUUAGUUUACAGGAUCUGCUUCCUGACCUGAGAAGCCAGUCCUUUGCAUUAUCUGAUUUCUACUGCCUAGCUAUUACACUGGCAUCAUCCUGCAUCCAGCUUCGGAGCACUCGCUGGCUUCACCAAUCCUGGAACAAGCAGAGUAUCUUGUUCUUUCGACCCGACCCAGAUGGCGAGGCUUCUGCAGACAUGCGAUAUCCCUAUCUCGCCAUUCAAUAUCAGUCAGUGGAUAGCAAAGGAGGCUCAGAAAUGGACCGUACUAACAUGCUGAGCCUCGCGAUUAUGCUCAUGGAAAUCAAAACAGGAACGUCAAUAGAGCGCCAUCGAGACCCAGAGGACCUGGGCUCAGACGGGAAGCAAAAUAGCUCAACCAACUACUUGACCGCCUCAAGGUGGCUGCGUCAACUGACUGACCGUGGCAGGAUGCCGUGGAGAUACGGUGAUGCUGUGAGAUAUUGUAUCAGAUUUUAUGACGAUUAUCAUGCCUCUCUAGAAGAUGCUGAUGCUCAGAAACGAUUCAAAGAAGAAGUGAUUGGUGGGCUGGAGGCAGAAAUGCAAGCUGUAGUGCAUGGAGUUUAA